AUGUCAGUCGCGUCGACCGUUCCUCUCAAGAUCUUGAGCCUCUCAGCGCUCGACGUUGCUGUGGCCGUCUUUCCAGCAUCUGCCUCGCAGAUGAGUUCGCCGAUCGCUUCGAGCAGCAAGGUGAAGCUCGAGGAUUCCCCAAAGAAAUACAACAAAUUCUCACCCGCAAAAGACUCAUCGCCCAGCAAGAGACCAGCAGGCACUCAAGAGAGGGGCAACUCAAGCAGUCCCGCCAAGCGCAGUAAGGAUUUUGCCGAGUUGAAGGCAAAAGAUCCUCUCGAUGACAGACCGCAUCACGACCCACGUCUGAUUCCACAUGGACCCUCGCCGCGCUUUGGCGUACUUAGCGAUAUUUUGGACGUCAUCCAAGAGAAACAGGCGUCCAAGAGACGCAAGCCAGAAAUUACAGAUAAAUACAUACUCGCCAUUUUUGCUAAUUGGCGGAAAGAUGUCGGAUUGGAUCUGUAUCCCCUCAUUCGCCUGCUCCUACCGGAUAAAGAUCGCGAGCGAAAUAAUUACGGUCUGAAGGAGAACAACCUUGCAAAGGUCUAUACAAAGGCGCUAAACCUCGACAAGGACACAAGCGCCGCUCAGAGGCUCAGAGACUGGAAGAACCCAACCCAAGGCGGCAAAGCUCGAGCGGGCGAUUUUGCAAGUAUAGCGAAGGAGGUCAUUCAGGAACGAUCCGGUGUCACGGAGCAUGUCCUCACAAUCGAUGAGGUGAACGAAAACCUCGACAGGCUCGCGGCAGCGUCCGGAGAGAAAGACAAGGGCAAAGUCAUCGCAUGGUUCAACGAGCGCAUGACCGCCAACGAACAGCGAUGGCUCAUCGGCAUCAUUCUUAAAGACAUGAAGCUUUCUUUAGGUGAAAAGAGAGUCAUGAAGGUUUUGCAUCCGGAUGCAAUGGGUCUCUUCAAUGUCUGCUCCGAUCUCAAGCGCGUCUGCUGGACACUCUUCGAUGCAGAGAUCACCCUGACGAAAGAUGACACGGUCAUCCGCUGUAAUCGACACUUUCGUCCGAUGUUUUGCAAGCGCAAUGAGAAAGAUCUUGGCGACGUCAUCCGACUCAUGCAUCUCAAUAAUCCAGAUCAGAAGUUUGUCAUCGAAGAGAAGCUCGACGGCGAGCGCAUUCAAUUGCACAAAUUCGGCAACAACUUUCGAUACUGGUCAAGACAGGGAACUGAUUAUACUAACCUGUACGGCGGCAAUAAAUACAAGGGCAGCUUGACGCCUCACAUUCAGGAAGCUUUCGAUAGCGCAAUCAGCCAAAUCAUUCUAGACGGCGAGAUGCUCGUUUACGAUCCCAUGAUGGACAAGCUCUGCGCGUUCGGCACGCUCAAGAGUGCUGCCAAGCAAAAUCAAGAGCCAACGUUCAGUGACGGAUCGGCACAGAGACCCUGUCUGCGUAUCUUUGACAUUUUGCUCGUAAAGGGCGCGGAUGGGGUCGUAUACAAUCUGGCCCAAUAUCCCCUUCAGAAACGUAAAGAAGCCCUUCGCACGCUCGUCAAGCCUAUCAAAGGCUACAUUGAAUUCGCGCACGCAGUCGAAGGAGCCUCGCUAGACGAUAUCAAGCGUGAGAUGGACGUCGUGCUGCAAGCUUCGGGCGAAGGCUUGGUCAUCAAACAUCCGCUUACGCUCUAUCUGCCGGGUCAGCGCAAUGAGGCUUGGAUCAAACUCAAGCCAGAGUAUAUGGAUGCGCUUUGGGAAGAUCUUGACCUGAUCAUCGUCGGCGCUUUCUUGGGUGAAGGCAGACGAGGAGGCAUGUAUGGCUCAUUCGCCGUAGCCUGUUUGGACGAUCAGCUCUCGACGGAAGACCACAAGGUCUACGCCAAUGUUGCAAAAGUUGGAUCUGGCUUCAAGUAUACGGACUAUGUCAACUUCUAUUCGGGAGACGAGUUCAAGAAUCUCUGGACAAAGUUUCCAGCGCGUGGUCAGCCUGAUCCCUCAAGCCUCAAAUUUGGUGCAGAAAAGCCCGACUAUUACAUCGAUCCUGCAAAAUCGAUCGUGGUGACCGUGAAAGCGUCCUCUCUCGUGCGUGACGCGGUCAAUUAUGGCGCAGAAGUCACCCUUCGCUUUCCUCGUUGUACUGCUAUACGGACAGACAAGGAUAUUGAGGACAUCGAAACGCUGACGAGCGUCUGGGAGCGUCUGACGAAGCGUAAGCAACGACUUGGCGCAACAACUACGAAGCUCGACGGUCAUCUUCGACGACGAGUGCAGAAACGUAAAGCAGUCUCAAGCGAAGCGUCAGGCGACUCACAGCUUCCAAGGAGCGAGUCACAGCUCAAAUCGCGCAUCUUCAAAGGCCUGACCUUUCUGGUCAUGGAAGAUGGUCCAACAGCUACAAAGAAGCAGCUGGAGAUACUAGUGGCGACGCACGGCGGCGAAUAUCGGCAAGUGCCACCGAUAGAAGACAACAGGCGGAUAAUAGCGCACAGACUGAAUUUCCAUCGGGUCCGCAGGCUUUCGGAAAAGGGCGAGACCAUCAUCAGGCCAGAAUGGGUAAUGGAUUGUGUCGAUGCGCGGCGGAAGCUACCUUUGCUGGAAGAGUAUGUCCUUCAUGCCGGAAACGUGCCUAUCGAAAGCGAAGAGGAUCUUGAUAAGACUCCAGAGGAAGAUGACAGCGCUUCGCCCAUUGAUUUCAUUCCAGAUGUGCCAAUGCGCACUUAUGUCAGUGAUAGCGAAACGGAUGACGAUGUUCCACGUGCAGCAUCGCACGGUAGUGUCAAGCAGGAGGAGAACGACGAAUCUGUGGGUGCUACCCGAGAUGUUGCCUCGAUGUGGUCCUCUCGAUCGUUCUUUGCCUCGGAAGCGCCGGAGGAUACUGGACAAUUGACUCUUGCCGCCGACGAGCCCGAAACCAUGCAUUACGACAACGAGCAGAUUUUCAAGCAUCUCGUCUUCUACAUCGAUACAAGGGAAGCAGCACUCGCAAACGGACUCGAUGUGUCGCCUGGAAGUGUCAGUGAGAAUGAAGAUGAUGCGCGAGAAGCAGCGACAUUGCUGAUCUCGCGAGGCGCCAAGCUUGCAAGCAAUCUUGACAAUGUGCAGAUCUUUACAAGCGAACGCGACUACCCAAACUGA